AUGUCGUUUUCAACUAUUAAUACUAAUGAUAAUAAUAAGCAAUCAUUAAUUGAUUUUGCUCAAAGUUUGAAAGAUUAUGAAAUCAAUAGUCUAAACGCUAAGCAGAAACAGCAAGGCCCAGAAAAUGAAGAACACCAUGGCGUCGAUAUAUUUGAUACCUUGCUUUGUGAGUUUAGAUCCUUAAGUGGUACACAAGCAUUAUCUACCUGUAAUAACAGGAUUGUUUGUGAAAAUUGGACUUUAGAGACAAAACUAUGGCAUUUAGUAGAACUAUUAUUUUCGUUUAGAAGUACUUGUUGUUCUGAUGAUUAUUUGAAAGAAGAUUUAUCAGUUUAUGAUUAUAAUUCUGAUUUGGUAUUUAAGAAAGAAUUACUUAAUAACAACAAAGAAUUAUAUGAAAUAUGGCUUAUCAUGUGUUGGGUUCAACAAAAUUUAAAAAAAGUCGAAAAACCAGAUAAUUUACCAACUUCAAAAUGGAUUAAUUCUGUUAUUAAUGGGAAUUUUUCCAGUUGUGAUACCGAUUAUCCACUACGUAAUCCAACCAAAGAACUUGAUCCGGAAGAUAGAAAAAGGGAUUCUAUUUUUCAUAAGUAUAUCUAUCAAUUGCUUUUGUCUGGUAAUUACGAUCAAGCUCGUGAGGAAUGUGAAUUGUGUGACAACUUAACUUUAAGCAUGAUUAUGUGUGGUUUAGAGGAAUACUUUGAUCCCUCCAUCGAUACACAAAUCACUUUGUCUAAUAACGAAACUGCUAUCGUUGACAAUAACGAUGGUCCCAGUGGUUGUGCUAGAAAAGCUUUAUGGAGAAGAACAGUGUAUGCAUUAUCAAAAAAUCCGAAAAUUGAUAAGUAUGAAGCAAAUAUUUACAGAUUUUUGGCUGGCGAUGCAACACAUAUUGAUGCGGACCUUGAGGUUCAUGAUUGGGAUGUACACUUACUUUUAUAUUUAAACGAAUUGUGGAAUUCUUCUAUUGAGAACUAUUUGUUGUCUAAUGGCAGAAUUGCUGCCAAUGACUUAAUACUAAUUGCUCCAUCAAAUGAACUAAGUGUACAACAAAUUUUGGAUACAAUUUCUACUAAAUGUUACACAGAAAGCAGUCAUCCAAUUAGAAUUCUAAUGGGCUCUGUUAUAAUGAACAAUGUACAGAGUAUAGCAAAGAAUUUUGUCGUUAAAUUGUUAGAAGCCGUUGGGAAGCCCCACCACUACGAAGAACAAAAUGCGGCUGGUGACGAACAAACUGAUUAUAUUUUCAAAGAAUCAUACUUGUUAAGAAUUUUAACUCAUUUAUAUAUUAUUACCAAAGUUGUUUUUCCGUCCGCUGUUGAUGAGCAGAGUUUUUCAAAACUAAUUUCGGCAUACGUUAGUAUACUAAGCAUGUAUGAACUUUAUGAAUAUAUUCCAAUAUAUGUUAAAUUUUUGGAUGAAGAUUCUUUGCUAGAAACUUAUUCCUAUUUUUUAACAUCUAUAUACUCUGACGUUUUAAAAAAUGAACAAAUUCAACUAAGCACUGCUUUGAAUAUACCUAUGAACAAUGUUAUUAGAAUAACUGCUCAAAAGGUUUUUGAUGAAACUGCUUCACAUUAUCAGUCAGGCAAGGAUGUUGCAAUUUCUACUGUAGUAACAGAUGUUGAUAAAAAAAUUAUUAACAGUGUUCUUUGGCUAGAAAAGGCCCAAUUGUCGGUAGAUGUUUUAGAAGCAAUAAUAGCUGCUAGCAGACGAUUUUUACUCAAUGGUAGGGUUGAAUCAGUGGCUGUUUUAUUUGAUAGCAUUGAUAUUAAUUCCAAUAUAAAUAACUAUAAUUUAAGCAAGCUGCCUAUGUUGCAAGGUGACGAAAAGGAUGCCAAAGUGAAAGAGAUAUUAAAUUACAAGUUGUUGGUUAACGCCUUAAAGAAACGUAAAACUUGGCAAAAGCAAUCUUUAAAUUUAAAUGCGCAAUCCAAUUUACCAACUUUGAUAAAACAAUUCCAAGAUUUUUCACAGACUUUUUACAAGCUAACCCAUUCGUUUUUAACCGGAUUACAAAACAUAAACGAUGCUGGUAUAAUUUUUGAUAUUAGGGCAUUUUAUGUUCCCUUUUUGGUUAUUGAAUUACACAAGGAACUAAUGAGUGCAUCGAAAGCUUUAAAUAUAGAUAGAUUUGCUCAUGAAGCAUUAUCUUUGGCAACAUUAGUUGCUAAUGAGCAUUACAAAAUGUAUACAUUGUUUUUAGCUAGUGGCAAGUUAAAAGAGUUUUUGGACUUGGUUGCAAAAUCAUCAAUUACUAUUGGAAAAAUGAUAUAA